AUGGGUGUGGCUGCGGAAGAUAUGGUGCAACCUAAUGAUGAGAUCGAUUUAGAUAAAGUCCCAGCUAUGGUCGUAUCCUACUUACAGAUAUCCAUUGGAAUUUAUCCCUUCAACCAACAUUUAUUUGAAGAACUCGAUCUCGCAGGAGCGGAAGUUGCAAACAGACCGUAUCAGGGAGUAGGGAAAAACACUGAAGAAGAACCUGAUAUAGAUUUCCCAACAGUUCAACCCGGCAUAUCUCUAUCUCAGCAGGAGUCACCAGAUGUAGAUGACCCAAUAGCUCAACCUGGCACAUCGUUAUCUCAGCAGGAGUUACCGGAUACAGAUGACUCAACAGCUCAACCUGGCACAUCGUUAUCUCAGCAGGAGUUACUGGAUACAGAUGACCCAACAGCUCAACCUGGCACAUCUUCUUCCCAACAGGAGUCAACUUCAAAUGCACUUUUCUGA